GGAUUCUCCAGAAGUUUCCCCCUUGGGCGGCGGCGGUGGCGGCGGCGCUGGUAACCCCGGGAAGAGCAGCUCCGGCAGCGGGAACCGUGACGAUUAGAGAUGGCGGCGGCGGCGGCGGGUCCUGCGGCUGCCGCGAGGUUGUUCCGGAGCUUCUCAGAUGCCCUCAUCGAGCAGGACCCCCAGGCGGCGUUAGAGGAGCUGACUAAGGCUUUGGAGCAGAAACCAGAUGAUGCACAGUAUUACUGUCAAAGAGCUUAUUGUCACAUUCUUCUUGGAAAUUACAGUGAUGCUGUUGCUGACGCAAAAAAAUCCCUUGAACUUAAUCCAAAUAGUUCCACUGCUCUGCUGAGAAAGGGGAUAUGUGAAUACCAUGAAAAAAACUAUGCUGCUGCUCUAGAAACUUUUACAGAAGGACAGAAAUUAAAUAGUGCAGAUGCUGAUUUCCUUGCUUGGAUUAAAAGGUGUCAAGAAGCUCAGAAUGGAUCACAGCCUGAGGUGUCUGCAUCCCAGAGGACUCAUCAGUCAAAAAUCAAGUAUGACUGGUAUCAAACAGAAUCUCAAGUAAUCAUUACACUUAUGAUCAAGAAUGUUCAGAAGAAUGAUGUAAAUGUGGAAUUUUCAGAAAAAGAGUUGUCUGCUUUGGUGAAACUUCCUUCUGGAGAGGAUUACAGUUUGAAACUGAGACUUCUUCAUCCUAUAAUACCAGAGCAGAGCAUGUUUAAAGUACUUUCAACAAAGAUUGAAAUUAAAAUGAAAAAGCCAGAGGCUGUCAGAUGGGAAAAGCUAGAGGGGCAAGGAGAUGUGCCUAACCCCAAACCAUUCAUAGCAGAUGUAAAAAACCUAUAUCCAUCAUCAUCUCAUUAUACAAGAAAUUGGGAUAAAUUGGUUGGUGAGAUCAAAGAAGAAGAAAAGAAUGAGAAGUUGGAGGGAGAUGCAGCUUUAAACAAAUUAUUUCAGCAGAUCUAUUCAGAUGGCUCUGAUGAAGUGAAACGUGCCAUGAACAAAUCAUUUAUGGAGUCUGGUGGUACAGUUUUGAGUACCAACUGGUCUGAUGUAGGUAAAAGGAAAGUUGAAAUCAAUCCUCCUGAUGAUAUGGAAUGGAAAAAGUACUAAAUAAAUUAAUUUGUUACCACUGUAAAAAAAAAAAAAAAA